AGACACUUGAAAACCAUUUAUGUGCCUCCUAGCUUGCCCCCUAGAUAAUGAAAACAGGUUCACAAGAUCACAAUAACCACACCCAAAAUGCUUCGCGGGCUUAGAUUACUCCUCCCGAUCGCCAUUUUGCUGUCUGGCUUCCGCUUGAACUACAAGUCGUCGAUACCUAAGGUUCUCAAAUAAACUUUUUAUUGUUAACUAAGUAAAAUUUUCAAAAUUCGGUUCAAAUCACUUCUUUAACGAAAUGUCGAUACAGGGCAGAUUGCCAGCCUGCGUUAUUGAUAAUGGAACAGGUUACACAAAAAUGGGAUUUGCUGGCAAUACAGAACCGCAGUUUAUAAUGCCUUCAGCUAUUGCAAUAAAGGAAAAUGCAAAAGUUGGUGAUAAAAGUCAAAGAAGAACAACUAAAGGUGUUGAAGAUCUUGACUUUUUUAUUGGGGAUGAUGCCAUUGAAAAGCCUCUAUACAGCACAAAGUGGCCUAUUCGUCAUGGUAUUGUUGAAGACUGGGAUUUAAUGGAAAGGUUUUGGGAACAAUGUAUUUUCAAAUAUCUUAGAGCUGAGCCUGAAGACCACUAUUUCUUGUUGACAGAGCCUCCACUAAAUACCCCUGAAAACAGAGAGUACACAGCAGAGAUCAUGUUUGAAUCCUUCAAUGUGCCCGGUUUAUAUAUAGCUGUACAGGCAGUGCUUGCACUUGCUGCUUCAUGGACAUCACGUCAGGUCGGUGAAAGAACCCUCACUGGUACUGUUAUUGAUUCUGGUGAUGGAGUCACCCAUGUUAUUCCAGUGGCUGAAGGCUAUGUUAUAGGGAGCUGUAUCAAACAUAUUCCCAUUGCUGGUCGUGACAUCACAUAUUUCAUUCAGCAAAUUUUGCGAGAAAGGGAGAUUGGUAUUCCCCCUGAACAAUCUCUUGAAACAGCAAAAGCAAUAAAGGAACGUUGGGGGUAUAUUUGUCCUGAUGUGGCAAAAGAGUUUGCUAAGUAUGACUCAGAUCCAGAAAAAUGGAUGAAGAAAUUUGAAGGAAUGAAUGCAAUCAAUAAACAGAAAUUCUCAGUCGAUGUUGGCUACGAACGAUUUUUGGGACCUGAAAUUUUUUUCCAUCCAGAGUUUUCUAAUCCAGAUUUUACGACUCCAAUUUCGGAAAUUGUUGACACUGUUAUCCAGAAUUGCCCAAUUGAUGUGAGAAGACCAUUGUAUAAGAAUAUUGUUUUGUCUGGUGGUUCUACAAUGUUCAAAGACUUUGGACGUCGACUUCAACGAGACGUUAAAAGAGUGGUUGAUUCACGUUUAAAACUUAGUGAGCAGUUGAGCGGCGGACGUCUGAAGCCCAAACCGAUUGACGUUCAAGUAGUCACUCAUCAUAUGCAACGUUAUGCUGUUUGGUUUGGUGGAAGUAUGCUGGCAUCUACCCCUGAAUUUUACUCCGUAUGCCACACUAAAGCUCAAUACGACGAAUCUGGUCCGAGUAUUUGCCGACAUAAUCCGGUAUUUGGGGUGAUGAGUUAAAGAAUAACCGUAGUGAAUGUUAGCAUUAACUGAACAAUUGUCCAAGAUAGUUGUAUUACGCAGUUUCAAUUGUACAGUCCAACGUUAAACGUGUCAUCCAUAUUCAACGUGUGGAUGCACUAUAUAUAUCGCACAUUAUGUGUUGAAAUGGUCUUACGUUGAUGUCACUUAAUUGUUUUAAGUCAAUUUUAAUAUUAUUAAGUGAUGAUUUUGAAAAGAAUAAUAUGAAUCCAACGUCA